AUGGCCCUGGGUGCAUCCACCGAGAAGCCCUAUACGCAAUGGCGCCAGGUCGACGGCCGGUGGACGAGAGAGUGCACUGGAGUCGAGACCGGCGUCUCCUACAACCAAAACGUCCGCGAUGGCCACACUGAACUGACCUUCAACGUCCCGUUCAGCACCAGCCUGGCCACCCCCGAGCUCAUCCAGCGCGUGCGCAAUGCCUGGCUUGUUUGCCAUGCAACGCACCCCGAGGUGGCCAUCCAGGUGUCCACUGGGCCGGAGAUUCCCCAGACCAUGACCUUCAAGGCGCUGCAAUGUGAAGCAGACGCAGAGGCAUGGCUGCAGGAGUCUCUCCGCGUCGUCACCGACCAGCACGCAACGGACGUUGCUCGCAUGACAUACAAUCGCCGUCUGCCCACCAAGGGGAAGCGCAACAUGCUGUAUCUUGUCACGGCUGGAGCGGCCGAUCCGGAGCAUCCUGACCAGCACUGCUUCGUCUGGAACACCAGCCAUACCCUGACUGAUAUCUUCAGCGUCGUCUACUUUUAUAACUAUCUAUUGCACGCCGUCACCCAGGUCCCUGGCGACCGGAACCUGGCUGUCAGCGAGCUCGACUACUCUGAUAUAGCUACUCGGUUGCCUGUAACUCCUAUCACACCUUAUGAGCAGCAGCACCAGCCGACUAGAGAAGACAGAGAGCAGGCCAUUGCCGGCGCAAUCGCCCAGGCCGAGCUAUACUCCUCAAAGAUGUCGAGCUCGAUAGCAAUGUACCCUGAACCGGACGCUGUCUCCCGCAGCCACAGCACCUACUGCAUCAGACUGCAAUACAGCCUCCCCGAAUCCCAAUCCCUCCUCGCCUUCCUCCGAGACCAAAAGCUCAGCAUCACAUACGCCGCCGCAGCCGCCACAGUCCUCGCCAUAAAACAGACCUACGGGAAAGGCCACGAAACAGGCGCCCUGCUAGGAAUAACACGCAACGCACGGCGCUGGCUGAAGACCGAGCUCGAACUGGGCGAAGAGGGCCACCGCGCCCCCUGCGCCUCGGAUGUCGUCUUCCUCUGGAUCCCAUUCAAGGAGGAAUACUUUGCCGCCUCGACCAAGGAUACCAUUUUACAGCUCGGCCGUGCAAUUCGCACCGAGAUGGGGCCCCAUUUGACGUCGCCGCAUUACAUCGCCAGUCUCUCCUUCACGGCAGGCCGGUUUGUGUCUGCCCUCGCCGCGGAAGGGGAACCUACGCCCUCGCCCCAGGCCCCGGGGUUCUCGCCACAGGGUGCAUUGCCGCUGACGCGUGAGUUUUCGUCGCCGACGGCCUCGAUCCGGGCGCAUGACUUUGAGCACUCGGGGCGCCAGAUUAACCCGUCGGCGUGGGUGGGUAUGUUCUCGCUCUGGGAGAGGGUUACCCUGUCGAUGGGCUUUGAUACAAAGUACUACGAGCCGAGAACGAUGGAGGAUUUCAUGGCGCUUACCAAGAGGAACUUGGGAACUCUCAUUCCUUAG